AUGAACGAGAUUGAUAACGUAUUAUUCAGGGCUACAAUGAGGUCCAUGGGACGCCAAUAUCAAUCAGCAUCUCCAAGAUCAGCUUCUUUCUAUUCUUCUUCGAUGGGACUUCAAUAUCAACCAACAUUUCCAGAACCAGCCUCCCCAGCAUCUUUUUAUUCAUCAUCGUCUGAUGAAGCUUUUCAUACAACUCCGAGGAUAACCUCUUUGAAACUAAAUUCCGCAACUUCUUCCGUCCACCAACCGUCUAUUGCUCCUGUGAUUCCAACAACUACAUGCCAUGAUAUGUCCGUUCUAACAGAAAAGUACACUAAUCUUUGA